AUGACCACCAUCAUAUGCAUUUUAGUUGUUGCAGUUAAGAAAAGUUGGGGUCUUUAUCAAUUGGAUGUGAACAAUGCGUUCUUACAUGGUGAUUUAAACGAAGGAGUCUAUAUGAAAUUCCCAGUUGGCUUUACACCACCCUCUCCUAACCAUGUUUAUUCAUCUAUCUCUAUUGUGGCAGUCUAUGUCGACUAUAUAUUACUAACAGGGAAUGAUACAAAGGAAUUGACUGCAUUGAAAGAAUUUUUACAUGAGGAGUUCAGAAUCAAGGAUCUUGGGCACUUACAUUAUUUUUUGGGAAUGGAAGUUCUACGAGAGUCUCAUGGUUUGAUUUUGUCUCAGCGGAAGUUCAUCCUUGAUUUACUGCAGGAAUUUGAUUCUCUCUACAAGUCGCAUGUUUCUUGCUCUCUUGACCCAUGUGCUCGCUUACUUGCUCAGACUGGUGACUCUAUCCCUGACCCCACCUUGUAUCGCCAUUUGUUGGGCAAGCUAAAUUACUUGACACAUACAAGACCGAAUUUAUCCUACACUGUACAACACCUUAGCCAGUACAUGCAGGAUCCUAGACAGCCCCAUCUCAAUGCUGCACUUUGUGUCCUCCGCUAUUUAUUGAAGGAUCCUGGACUUGGGCUCUUUAUGUCUUCCUCACCUCCAUACCAGCUCCUUGCCUUUUGA